AUGAGUUCACAGACAAAAACUUCAAGAAAGCACAAAGACUUAUCGAAUUUGCCCUCUCUUGGCCCUGGCGAUAUAAUCGGCGAAGGAGACAGUUUUAUCAGAUAUAAUCUCCUAAGCGAGGAACUGCGCGCUGAUUCUGACUCGAGCGUCCCGUUAAGUGAAGUGAUAUUCCAGGCGAUUCGCGAUGAGGUACAAUGGCAGAGGAUGUACCACGCGGCUGGCGAAGUGCCACGUUUAGUAGCUGUGCAAGGCGCAAUUGCGGAGGACGGUAGCAAGCCAGUUUACAGACAUCCAAGCGAUCAAGCCCCCCCUUUGCUACCAUUUUCAAAAAACGUUGAUAUUGUCAGACGAGAAGCCGAAAAAGUGGUCGGACAUCCGCUAAACCAUGUGUUGAUCCAGUUGUACAGAUCUGGACAGGACUACAUCAGCGAGCAUAGCGACAAGACGCUGGAUAUCGCGAAAGGCUCAAGCGUUGUCAACGCAAGCUUUGGUGCUCGAAGAACGAUGAGGCUGAGGACAAAGAGGAGUGCAAACAAGGGAGCGGACGCUCAAGCGGCGUGUUCUAGAAAUGAGCUUGAAGCCGAAACAAAAAUAGAGGAAGCCAACAGCGUCGAGCGCAUUACCCAACGUAUCCACAUGCCACACAAUUCAUUGUUUGUUUUGGGAUUGAAGACGAAUCAAUUCUGGUUGCAUGGCAUCAAUCAAGACAAACGAGCGGAGCGGGAUCGUAGCCCUGAAGAACUAGCUUACAACAGCAUGCGUAUAAGUCUGACCUUUAGGUUGAUCGACACGUUUUUGAGUGCGGACGAAAAGCUUAUUUGGGGCCAAGGCGCGAAGAGCAAGAGUAAAGAUACAGCAGGCCGUUGCAUCAACGCAGAUGAUGCCGAAUCGGAGAAAAUGAUCGAUGCGUUCGGGUUCGAGAACAAAGAAGGAGCUGACUUCGACUGGGACAAGGUGUACGGUGAGGGUUUCGAUGUGCUCAACAUGAGGGCGUUGACUGCUCCAGUAGCACAAACUACGACUGGCACUUCGAUGACUUGA